AUGCGGAUGUCGAGCGUUGCAGCCUCGUGCCCUUCCACUUGUAAAAAGAUCGUUCUGGAUCAGCCUUCGCGGCGAGGAAAGAAGGGAGAAAGUAGCCACAGGAAUCCCCGAAGCAGCGUCUCCUUCCUUUCGUGUCGCAGGGUGCUCAUAUCGUCCAUUCAUUGA